GUCGUUCAAUCUUCAAUCGCCUCAGCAGUUUGCAGCGUCGUGCAAACUUCGACAAUGUUCGUGUUGUCGCGCACGCGACGAGCAUAAGCUCUCAUCAUUUCGUAUGUGACAGGUGGCUGCAUUGGCACGCUAUGGAAAAUGGCCGCACAGGCUCGAAGUGUGUAAUGUCUAGUGCAGUGUUUAUGUGAAAGGGACCAGUAAUAAUAGUCAAGACUUUGUCAAUACCUUCGACAAAGUUCACACGGUUGACUUUCUAUUCGAAUCGUGGGCAGUAUUGCCAUUCAUUCUUAUUUAGUUCGAUUUAACAGUAGCUAGAGUGCUGUGUUGUUGCUAAACUCAUAACCUACCAAUGUUGUUAUGAAUCAGAUAGGAAUGUGUUCGAUUUGCGUGAAUUAAAAUACGAAUAAUCUCUAAACCAAAUAGACACAAAAACUUUUUUAUUUUUUUGUGGUGUACUUUCACGUGACUUCAAAACAACCUGUUAUACUUUUCGCUCCGAUGUCUGCAUCUAAAUAUAAACAAACCAAUGAACUCUUCAACAAUACCGUAACCGACUUUUAUCCUACGUUUCGAAAAGGAUUUAAUUUUAAAAUGCACAUGGAUACAAUGCAACGUUCGUUCACGUAAUACAUAUUUGAAAACCUAAAAUAACCAGCACAGUUUCCGUGGCGGGUUAAAUAUGUGCAUCGGCCGAUCUAAACUGUAUUAAAAAAAACUGUUCAGUGAGGUCAUGUUUGUGAUAAAUAAUUUUUAAUAAACAUUAUUGGGUGCAAUGUAAUGGACAAAAGUUAGUCUUUCACGCUGGAGAGGUCUAGCUCUGGCCCGGGGGGUUGCCUCGACGGAGGAGGGACCAUCCCUCCCGGCGUCCCUCAGCCCCCGGGUCUAUCGUCUUUGCACCCCGAUGUGAUAACCCCUAAGCGUCAAGCCGUCGUAGACAGAUUACGUCGUCGGAUCGAAUCGUACCGGCGACGACAAAACGACUGCAUGCCGAGGUUCGAUCAAUCGUUCACCGGCCUCUGCGAGCAGAAUUUCCAGGACACGUUGCAACUGAAGCAACGUUACCUGGACGCGAAAACCAAAAGGACUCCCAAGAGUAAGGAAAGUAAAAAACAUCAGGACACCACGUCGCUCCAAAGCAGCGUCCACGUGCAGCAGAAAUUCCUCAAACGUCCAUCUGAGGAACAUGACGGAAGCGGCCACGACGCAUUCGAACCACCCGUCAAACUGCAAUGUACGACCCAGCAGCACGGCACUGCUCAGCACCAGCCGGACGGACUCACCAAGUUUUCUGUUGAAAUCGUGCAACAGCUCGAGUUCACCACGUCCGCCGCCAAUUCGCAACCCCAACAGAUUUCGACCAACGUUACGGUCAAGGCGCUCACGAACGCCUCGGUUAAAAGCGACGUGUCGUCCCCGAAAUCGUCCAAUCCGUCGACGCCGGCGUCGUCGAACGUACGUCUUGAUCCGACCGCAGGAUCCAACGCGUCCACGUCGUCCCUGGUCGAGUGCGUGAAACAAGAACCGGACAAUGAUUUUGCGGACCUGGACCAAUGCGCGGCCGCCUUGGAAAAGGACGGUGCUGGUUUUGGGGCCUUCCCCGAUCUCAUCGGCGAAGAUACCAACGAUGAAAUCAUCACUUCGGAUGCUUUCAAGGAUCUCAUUUCGGACAUUAGUAAUUAUCCGGAGCUGAUGAAGGACUUCGAUUUCGACGAGCAAAAGAAUGUGAACGUGAACGUGAACAACGAGAUCGGGGGAGGUGGUAACAACGGUGGUGGUGUUAUGAACGGACUAAAAAUUGAAGACUCCAAAAGCGGCAUCGCGACUGCCACGUCGAACGCAACGAAUAUUAACAAUGUGUACGAUAAUGCGAAAAACGCGAACCAGAACAAUCAGAACUAUUCUCCGCCUAUUUUCGACGGGUCCAUGGUCAAUAAAAAUAAUAGAAUCUCAUACAGUAAUAUGGAAUUCCCGAAGACAGAGUUAAGUCCAGCCGCACAAACUUUGAAACAGAUGGCUGAACAGCACCAGCACAAGAGCCAAAUAGGGCUCUCCUUCAACCCUAACAAUCGUUCGUUGAACUCACGAUCUCCGUACCAGGACUUCCAAUUCCAAGGGGAAUACGGAAGUCCGUCGAAUCAGAAUUUCAAAAAUAGCCCGAAUUUCACCCCGCCUGACAUGAUAAAACAGGAAAUGAUCUUUCAGGGCAACGAAUACGACAUGAAAAGGAAGGGCGCAGGUAUUUACAAGCAACAGUAUUCACCGUACGGCAGUCCUGGCGCCAGUAGUCACGGGAGUCCAGGACCGGGUUAUCUACCACGAUCGAACACGAAUUCGGCCGCGUCGACAGGCAGCGCUUCAGGUGGAUUCAACGGGGGCACGCCCCCACGACCCUCGUCCGGUCCUGGCGGAGGGAAUAAUAACAAUUGCAAUGGCGGAAACAACUCAACGGGGCCGACCCUGCAGAUCAAUCAAGCUCAACAGUUGCAUAUCAGUCAAGGACAAAAUAUACAGGUGUCAGCAGGUCAGCACCUACAAUUGACAGGGGACAUAAAGGGUACUGUAACAGUAGCUGCCCAACAAGGUCUCUACUUUAGCCAGCAGGCCCAAAGCCAAAAUGGCCCCGGAGCAAUGGGCCAGAACGCACAACAAAACGCUCAACAAAAUCACCACAGCUCAAACACAGCCGGCCAGCAGGCAUCUGCCCAGCAACAACAACAGCAAUCGUCCAAUAUGGGUGCACAACCCGGUAUGACUAACCAAGCGAACUUGGGUAACCAGCACACAAUGGGCGGCAUGUCUGCCCAGCAACAGACACCGACACACAUGGGACAAAACAUGGGCAAUUCUAACAUUAAUCAACAGCAACAAAAUUCACCUUACUCGAAUAACAUAACAAACAGCAACCCAGGAAAUAUGAGUGGUGGAAUGCACAAUAACAGUAACGUCAAUAGUAAUUCUGCUAUGUCGAAUCAAGCAAACAUGUCAUCUCAGGGUGGCAUGCCAGUGUCCACGUGUCCUGGUGGACUAGGACUGGGAACGAUGGGAGAUGGUUUUUCCAUGUCACAAAGUCAAACUAUCAAUUUUACACAGCAGACGCUUCGCCAAAGAGCAGCAGCAGCAAACGGAAUGUCAAACCAAAUGGGUCCCAGUGGUCAGGUGUGUCCAACACCCAAUGUGACAAAUAUGGGCUCUAGGCAUUUAAGUCCACAAAUGAUCGAACAUCAAAAACUGCUUCAACAACAGCAACAACAACAACAACAGCUUCUUCGUAAUCAACAGGUUGCCAUGCAACAGCAACAGAUGCUUAGACCGCCGCCUCCCGACUACAAAACAAGUGCCACAUUAAUGCAAGGCCUGCAAAAUAGAUAUCCCUCAAGUUUACCAGGCAUUAGACGAAUGCCUCAACCAAUGCCACCUUCAGGACCAAUGAUUCGACCUCAGAAUAUGUAUAUGUUACAACAGCAACAGCACAUGUCAGCUAGAGGUAUCUAUCCAAGACAACAAGCACCCAUGGGCAACUCAGAACCUCUGUCCCAGCACAGUAACGCAGAAUGGAGACAAAUACUCAUGUCACAACAACAAAAUGCAAAUCUGAAUCCUCAAAUGCGAUCAAACUUCCAACACCAAGGGUUCAACAUGAACAUGGGUAACAUUCAAGUGUCGAACUUGCAACAACAGCAACAGAUGCGAGCGCAGCAAAUAAUGGUAUCGAGUGGUAAUAUGGGACCAAACCAGCACCCAAUAAACCAAGUACAAGCGAAUCAAGGGGGACCGUUGUCCCAGAUGACCAGUAUGAACCAGCAAAUGCUCAAUCAAAUACAUCAGCAUCAAAGUAUGAUGCAGCAGAAUGCCAAUAAUCAGCUUUCAGUAACGAAUAUGAGCUUGCAGCAAUCACAGUCGUUAUCGUUAUCCUCAACUCAAAGCCUGCAACAGUCUCACAUGCUACAAAAUGCUCAAAAUCAACUUACCAACAGUCAUUCAAGUAACAAUCAUUCUGCUAAUUCGUUAGGAAACUUUGGCUCAUCUAACGACUUUAAUCUUGACUUUUUGGAAAAUUUAUCUGCAACCGAUUCCGGAUUUACAGACCAAGAGCUGUUGAGCAGCUUCGAUAACGAUUCCGGAUUUAAUUUCCAAGACAUAUUGUAAAGUAUGAUUCUUUUUUGGUUAAACUAUACCUUAUUAAUAUUGUUAUAUACAUAUGUAUACAUUUAUAUUUAUUGAGAAAUUUAACGUUUCAGUUUCUGUUUUAUGUUACAUAUUUCUUUUAUUAAUUUUUAAUGAAUAUUGGUAUUUUUUUUUGUUGUAGAGGUAGAAAUUUAAUUUUUACAAAUCCACAUUUUUCGUAAGUGAUCUCUGUCAAUAUUAUUUUGUUUUUGUAUUGUACCACUGGUAUUUAGACCAUUCUGUAUUCAUUUACUGGAAUUGUAUUCCAUCACUAAAUUAUUACAAUUAAAUAUAUAUCAAACGUUCCAAGAGCUGGCUUCAGACAUUAAGGGAUUAUUUAUUUUCCUUACGUUAAAGAAUUUUGUUAUUUAUUUAAUUUUAUGUCUAUAGCGAGUUUAAAAGUACAGUUUUCAGAGUACGGUAUUUUUAUAAAUUAUUCUAAGAAUACAAUUUUACUUUUUUACAAUACAAACAUUCCAGAUGUACAAAUACAUCAACUCGUAAAAACAAGUUCUUUCUCAUUAAUCUUUAUGAUGAAACAUAUUUAAUUUCUGUGUAUAAUUUAUUGUAAAACUGUCAAAGCUAGCUCUUGACUUGUAUUAUAAUAAAUAAUAUAAAUAUUAAAAAAAUGUUUCGUAAACAGAACAAUCGUUAAUGUAUAAUUCACUGCCAGCAUUAGAGUAAGAAAGUGCCGUGAGAAUUAAAAUAAAAAUCAAAACUUAAUUUGCGGGUGUAUAUUAUUUGUACACCUUUAGAAUGCAUUUAAUAGUAAUUGUGCCACUUAUUGUUUUAUAAAAUGUUCCAACCGAUUAUAAUAAUUCACCUGUAAUAGUUAAAAUGCUUCCUUACUUUCAUUUAAGGUUUCUAAAUCCGGGAACCGAACAGAUAUUUGGGACUUUGGUGUCAAAUUUCAAGUUCGGUGUUAGUCCCAAAAAUGGUCCCAAAAUCGAUAUAAUAUUUCUUUACAUAUUUUUCUUGACAAAGAUAAUAAGAUAAGAGUGUUGUUGUAUUUUUGUUUAAAUUUUGGUAGAAAAUUAGAGAAAAAAAAUAAGAAACUAAAUGCAUUAAGUACAAUCAAAGUAAGUAACUAGAGCAACAUUGAUUAUUCAAAAAAAAUAUUAAACAUUAUUUUACACUAAAGUAAAACCUAAUGCACCAAUUUGUUCGGGUUUGGUGUGUUCAUGAUGUAAUAAUAAAUUAUUGAGACAAGGUUUUGGGACUAUUUCUGAAGUUCCAGGACCUCAUUUUUUGGGUAAAAUACUGAGACUGAAAUCUCACUUUCAGUAAGUAAUUUAUAAAAAACUUUUUUUAGAGCGCUUUCAACAUGACUAAAAUAGUAUCAUAAACAUUUAUUUGUGUUAGACUACCAUUCAUAUUUUUGUAUGAUUCAUGAUGUAUGUUUGUAAUCCUCUAGGAUACUUAUACAGGAGAUUAUUUGUUUUGCUAAAGUGGGUUCUUAUGACAAAAAUGUUGGUAAUUCUAAUUAAAUACCAUUUUCGGUAUAUUUCUUACACUUUAAUUUCUGUAAUAUUUUUAGUGGUUUCCAAAAAGAAAAUUUUGUACAAAUUAAUCUACAUAAGUACAUAGAGUAUACAGGCAAUAAGCAAAUAAAAAACUUCCAAUCAAAUGUAUGUCCCUAACUAAUAAUAGCAGUGUUAUUUACAGUAUUUCGUAAACUGUACUAAAGUAAACAACAUCCAGUAUUUUCAAAAAGUUUUCGAAAUCUUAUUUUAUAAAGCUUUAGAACUACCUAGCACAGGAUAUAGCUACUUUACUUUAUUGUGAUAAACAAUAUCAAAAAUGGAUUAGCAAAUUUUGUUUGUUUUUUUUUCUGACAUUUCACUUUCAUUUUGUUAUUGUAAAUAAGCCAUGUUCAUAACUGGUGUUUAUAUUAGCAAUGUAUUAAGUGUUUCUUUACAAAUUACAAAAUUUGCUAGUCCUAUGCAUAAGAAUAAAAAACUACUUGAAGUAUCUUGUCGACAUUAUACAAUGUAAUUACAGAUUUUUUAUUUUGUUAAAAAAAGAUUUUUGUUAUUAAAUAACAAUACUAUGUAAAUAAAAUAUAGUUAAUUUUACCACUAGUUUGUUGUAAUGAUAUGAUAGAUCGUUUUCUUUGGUAGACAUUUCGUAAAGUAAAAAGACUUUACAAAAAAUAGAGCAAUAGGGUGAUUUGUCCGCAUGGGAUGCGAACGUCAUCGUGUUAUAAACAAAAAUAUACAUACAUACUUAUAAGGCAUACCUAAAUACAUAUAUUAAAA